AUGAAAAAUCUCCGUGGACAAUUUUUCGGAGUUCUAAUUCUGUCUUUUCGCAUUUUCGAAUUUCUUCAAGCACAGGAUCAACAAGGAUUCAUCAAUUUGGAUUGCGGAUUACAAGCCAACGAGUCUCCUUAUACCGAACCAAUAACAAAGUUAACAUUCAGAUCGGAUGUAGAUUUCAUCAAAACCGGAAAAAGCGGCAGGAUUCAAAACGUCCCCGGGAUGGAGUAUAUAAAGCCAUACACGGUUUUGAGAUACUUUCCCGAUGGAUUACGGAACUGUUAUACUCUUAGCGUCGUACAAGGCACAAACUAUCUGAUCGUAGCCAUGUUUACUUAUGGAAACUACGACAAUCUCAACACAUACCCAAAGUUCGACCUUUAUCUCGGUCCAAAUAUAUGGACCACGGUCGACUUGCAAAGAGAAGUCAACGGUACAAGGGAGGAAAUCAUUCACAUAGCGAGGUCAACUUCUUUGCAAGUUUGUCUUGUUAAGACGGGAACUACUACGCCGGUCAUAUCAGCUUUAGAGCUACGCCCGUUGAGAAAUGAUACUUAUAUACCUCAGUCUGGUUCCCUGAAGAAGCUGUUCCGCGUCUAUUUGACCGACUCUAAAGACACUAUCCGGUAA